AAACGUAAAUUAAAUACCGUUUUUAAGGUUUUACUUGUUUAUAUAAUUUCGAUAGUGUAUUCGUGACCGUUGGAGGUUGCAAUUUCUCGGCUGUAAACCCCCCCCCCCCCACCGCCGAUCGAUCGCCAGGGCAGGUCACACAGUGCAGUUAAUGCAGAGAUUGGAUAACAGGACUGCCACAAUGAGUGCUAAACUUGGUCGUAUUGGAGCCGUACUCAUCGACCUGAGUGGAACAAUGCAUAUAGAAAAUAAUGUUAUUCCUGGUGCAGUGGAAGCAUUACAGAGGUUGCGAAACACCAGGAUACCAUUGAAAUUUGUGACAAAUACGACAAAAGAUUGCAAACGUGUACUUUACGAACAACUGAACCGAUUGGGAUUUGACAUCAGACUUGACGAAAUGUUCACAUCGCUGACGGCUGCGAGGCUACUGGUCGAAGAAAGAAAACUCAGGCCAUUACUGUUAUUACAAGAUAGUGCAUUGGAAGACUUUGAAGGUAUAUCCACUGAUAAUCCUAAUUCUGUUGUUGUGGGGUUAGCACCUGAUUACUUUAACUAUGAUGUCAUAAAUAAGGUAUUCAGGCUAGUUCUUGAAGGCAGCACUCUUAUAGCUGUUCACAAAGCCAGAUACUAUAAAAGGAAUGAUGGAAUGGCCCUGGGACCGGGGCCUUUCGUAGAAGCCAUUGAAUAUGCAACAGAAUCCAAAGCAGUCGUUGUGGGGAAACCCAAAAAGGGAUUCUUCCUCUCAGCCUUGAAAGGAAUGGAAUGCAAACCACAAAAUGCUGUUAUGAUUGGUGAUGAUGUACGAGAUGAUGUGGGAGGUGCGCAACAAGCAGGAAUGCAAGGAAUACUUGUGAAAACAGGCAAGUACCGGGAAAAUGACGAGAUGAAAAUAGAUCCUCCACCGACGGUGACUUGUGAUGACUUCCCAUCUGCUGUAGAAUUAAUUAUUCAAAGUCUUGAGGAAGUUGUGUCAUAG